GGGGAGGUGACAAUGGCAUCCUGUACUGGCCUGGGAUCAUAUACUGGUCAGACUGGUGUUAUUGUCUUCACCGGAAGCUGCUGGUCUGGGGGCUGGAUCUGGUUGUGGUCCCUGAUUGGCUGAGUAGGAAGCCGCCGGUUUGUGAGUGGCUGGGUGUCCCCGCACAGCUGAGAUAUAUCCCGGGAGCGGAGCAGAACGGAUAGAGAGCGGAGUCCGGGGAUUAGAAAGAAGGAUGAGGGGGAUGUGGAUGUUGUGUCGGGGUCUCAGGCUGUGUGGGACACGGAGGACGGUGAGGAGGGACUCCCGGGCCGGAAUGUGUACGGCCUCCGAUGAGCACCAGCCGACGUUCGGACUUUUGUUUGACAUUGAUGGAGUGCUUGUCAGAGGGAAGACCCCGAUUCCUGCCGCAAGAAAAGCCUUCCAGAAACUGGUGAAUAACCAUGGCCAGUUCUUGGUGCCAGUCGUCUUUGUCACAAAUGCUGGAAACUGCCUUCGUCAGACCAAAGCUGACCAGCUAUCCAAUAUACUUGGAGUGCCUAUCUCACAGGACCAAGUGAUGAUGUCACACAGUCCACUGCGUAUCUUCAGACAGUAUCACAAUAAGUGCGUCUUGGUAUCUGGACAAGGCCCAGUUCUAGAUAUAGCAAAGUAUUUAGGAUUUUCAAAUCCUAUUACCGUUGACUCUGUGUGUGAGUCCUAUCCAUUCCUUGACAUGGUGGACCACAAGAGAAGACCUACAAUUUUGCCAUCAACUGCUGUGGAUCUGCCAAAAAUAGAUGCUGUAAUUCUGUUUGGGGAACCCAUCCGAUGGGAAACGAAUCUUCAGAUAAUUACAGAUGUAUUGCUGACAGAGGGUCAUCCUGCAAGCCCCCAUCGACUCUCCAGUUACCCUCAUAUUCCAUUGCUGGCAUGUAAUAUGGAUUUGAUGUGGAUGGCGGAGGCCCGUUCACCACGGUUUGGGCAUGGAAUGUUUAUGGUUUGUCUUGAAAGCAUUUAUAAGAAGAUUACAGGAAAGGAGCUGAAGUAUGAGGCCUUAAUGGGCAAGCCAAGUGAAGUGACUUACCACUAUGCAGAAUACCUCAUCCGGACCAAAGCAGCAGAGAUGCAGUGGAAUAAGCCUGUCCAAACACUCUAUGCUGUUGGGGAUAACCUAAUGACUGAUAUCUAUGGUGCUAAUCACUACAACCGCUAUCUUCAGGAGAGAAAUUCUAGGAAAGGCUCAAAGACAUUGGUGCAGACCGGCUCUGGAGCCCGAGUGACAACCGUUUCUCAGGAUGUGGAGGCAACAUGGGAAAGUGAGCUGUCCUGUCCCAGUGCCACCCACUGUAAGUCUGUUCUGGUUUGCACUGGGAUCUACAACCCUCACGCUGAAGUGCCUGCUGACCCCACACAGUCAGUUACUGAAACGGUAUUUCAUGGCCACCGGGAUUUCAGGAUUGACCCAGCCUUGGUAGAACCUGGCCAUGUUGUUCCUGAUGUUAAUGCUGCAGUUGACCUGAUCUUCCAACUAGAAAAGUUUUUGCCAACCGGUGAUAACGGGACAAGCUAGAGAUUUUUAUAUAAUAGUAAUUAUAAUAAUAUAUGUAAAACACUAUCAGGAUAUUCUCAUCUAACCUCAAACACUUUUUUUUUUUCUUUUUUCCUUUUUAUAUAUAUUUGUUUUAGUUUUACUGCACUUUACUGUUCGCCCUAUCAUAUUUUUUAUUUUAUUUUUUCCUUUCAUCUUUAAAGCCUUUAAAAUGGUGUGCUUUUAACAUUGGUU